AUGAAACCGGGAAGUUCAUGUGAAUCAGACGAAAGUGAAGAUCAUCAAGGUGGACGUUCCAAUAGAGGAGAUUCAGAAGAUUGGGAUGAAACUGAUGAUAGUAGUUCGUCUUCAAGCUCAUCCGAGGACAAUAACAGUGAACCAUCGCCUGUCCGUCGUACCAGUGGUCGAUCAACUCGAACAUCUACUCGUCGUUCCACUGCUGCCUCUGUAGCUCGUAAAACGCGUCAAUCUAAAGGAAGAUCUAGACGCCGUGUAAAAAGUAGUGAGACAACUAGUGAUGACAGUGAAGAAACUGAAGAAGAAGAUGAUGAUGAAGAUGAAGAACGUCGUGGUACCCGGCGACCUAAGAAAGUUGUCAGUUAUAAAGAAGAAAGUGAUCGUACCGAUUCAGAUGAUUUGGUGGAUGUACAAUGGGAUGAAGCUGCAGAAGCAGCGGCUGCUGAAGCAGAGGCUGGCGAAACAAUUGAAAAAGUAUUAGCUCAUCGUAAAGGAAAAAAGGGUGCUACAGGGGAAGCCACAAAACCUUACAAUAUCGAGUUUAACGGUGAUCCAAAUGAUCCAGAAUGUGAUGAAAGUGAACAAGAGGUGCAAUUUUUGAUAAAAUGGAAAGGCUGGUCUCAUCUUCACAACACAUGGGAAAGUGAGGAAAGUUUAAUAGCUGUCAAGGCUAAAGGAAUUAAAAAGAUCGAAAAUUACUUAAAAAGAGAAGAUGAAAUUAAUAUGCUCAAAAAUUCUGCUUCUCCUGAAGAGAUCGAAUAUUAUGAUUGUCAAGAAGAAAUGGCUGAUCAGCUAACGUUAAUACAUAUGAAUGUUGAAAGGAUCAUUGCCCAUCAACCGUCUCGUGAGACGGACUCCUCAUUUCCAGAAUAUCUUUGUAAAUUUGAAGGUUUACCUUAUGCUGAAGUUACCUGGGAAGAAGGUUCACUGAUACAGAAAAAGUUUCCCAAGAAAAUAGAAGAGUAUAACAUACGUCAAAAAUCACAGAGGACACCGACCAAAUUUUGUAAAGUACUCAAAACCAGACCCAAGUUCGUUCCUCUCAAAAAAGAACCCGACUAUCUUGGCGGUGAUCUUGAAUUAAAUCUUCGUGAUUAUCAGUUAGAUGGUUUAAACUGGUUAGCUCAAACCUGGUGUAAAGAAAAUUCAGUGAUAUUAGCUGAUGAAAUGGGUUUGGGUAAAACUAUUCAAACCAUUUGUUUUUUGGCUUACCUUUAUGAACAACAUGCUCUUUUUGGACCUUUUUUGCUCGUUGUCCCUUUAUCAACCAUGGCGUCUUGGCAAAAAGAAUUUGAACAAUGGGCUCCACAGUUAAAUGUUGUUAUUUGGGCUACUGAGCUACCGACUUAA